GAAGAAAUGAAAACGUCUUCCUGCCACAACCCACAUCGAAAAGGCUGUUUAAAACACUGAAACCUCAAACAAAUUGUCCGUGUCAUUUCACAUCUAGACCUGCUGAGGAGGCAGACCAUGUAACAGCUCGUCAUCAUCCCAAAGAUCAGACGCAGAAAUGGACUUAAAUGCCACUCUGUUCCAAAAUCCUGAUGGUCAGAGCCACACUAACAGCACCUGCUCCAGGGACAACGUUUUGAAGACGGUGGUUUUCCCCGUUCUGUACUCCUGUCUUUUGCUGGUGGGGUUUUCCCUCAAUGGUGUGGCGGUGUGGGUGUUCUUCCGCAUCCCUUCGCGGUCCCACUUCAUUAUUUACCUGAAGAACAUAGUGGUGGCAGAUGUCAUCAUGACUUUCUCGUUCCCUUUUAAGGUGCUGUCAGACUCCAACUUGGCAUCCAUCAGCGUGCGAAUAUUUGUGUGCAGAGUUUCUUCUGUGCUGUUUUACCUCACAAUGUACGUCAGUAUCCUCUUCUUUGGCCUCAUCAGCAUUGAUCGCUGCAGAAAGACCCUCAAUCCCUUUAGAGGCACUAACUCUGCCCGGCUGACACGCAGGAAACUUCUUUCAGCGGCCAUUUGGAUCAUCCUGCUGCUCUUGUGCCUGCCCAACAUGAUCCUUACAUGUAAAGACCCACCUUCUUCACAUUUCUCGUGCAGCGACUUGAAAACAAAAGCAGGGCUGUUUUGGCACGAAGUGGUAAAUUAUGUGUGCCAAGUGAUUUUCUGGAGCAAUCUGGCGACCGUGAUCGUUUGCUACACUCUGAUCACCAAAGAGCUGUACAAAUCCUACUCUCGCACAAAUUCACACAUUGCUGGUGGGACUGAUGCUUCAUCCUCUACUGGAGAAACAUCUCGCAAACCCGAUCAGAGAAAAAGAAAAUUAAGUGCAAAUGUCUUCCUGGUUCUCGGGGUGUUCAUUGUGUGCUUUGUGCCAUUUCAUUUUGCCAGAGUGCCCUAUACAAUAAGCCAGACUCGCAAUGUUCUCUCUGCUUGCAAAUUCAAGCUUGUCUUCUUCCAGCUGAAGGAAAGCACCCUUUUCCUCUCCUCCCUUAACUCUAUACUUGAUCCGCUCAUCUAUUUCUUCCUUUGCAAGUCCUUCAGGGACACUUUGUUCAAGACGCUGCAUCUGCCUCCUGGUACCUGCAGCUGGAUAACAGGGAGGGAGGCAAAUACAAGCCAACAAAUGUCUACAUGUAAUUGAAAUAAAAAUUUAACUCAGGAUCUUCUUCUUCCAGUCUUUUAGUCUCCUAUGACAAAGUUCUAUGUGACUUUACAACAAAGCUAUGUGAAAAAGAACAAAAGUAAUCAUCACCUGUGGAGAGCCAUCCAUGUUCACAAUGCGUAGGUUUUUACUUUGUGUUUAUACAUUAAAACCUGUAUCUACACAGUAAUUAUUGUUAUAAAAGAGAAGUGUGAUGUUGUCGUUUUGGUAAAAUAAAAUAAAAACUUCAAUAUUUUGAUAUAUGUAUUUGAGAACUUUAACUAAAAACUGUUUAACAACAGCUUCAGAUGCCUCUUACGUUAUAAAUAAUGUCCUGACUGUAAACAUUGUAUAUUUUUAUAGUAAAAUUCCCUUCUAUAAGUGUUAGUUGUAGUAUUUGUAGUGAGACUUUUGUCUGAUUUUCUUACAAAAGGCAAACUGGAAUAACAAUAAAGCAAGGAUGGUCGGA